AUGUCGAAACAUGUCCUCGAAGGGAUAGAAAUCCAAAUCCAUCGCCACGACUCUGGGCAGCACGUGACGGGACACAGCUACGACAAAGACGACUUCGUGGCCUCGGACCAGGAACUGGAAGAGGACGCCUUCGACCCUGUUCCCCCCCGUCGCCGCCCUCCGCCAAAGCGGCGGCAACAAACGCUGGAUGAACUCGGCCCACCCAUUGCUAGCAACACAUGCUUGAGAGCAGGCAUCGACGACGACGGCGUCGCCGAGGGCUCGUCCGGCAGGCACUGUGCCGCCAUAUGCGGCAUCCACGCGAAGGUGAUUGAGCGGGCCGGGGUGGCGAAGCGCGAGUGGGAGCAUACCAGUCGCUUGAAGGAGAGCUUGGAGCGGGCCAAGACGGGCUGCUAUAACGGCAUGUUUUGA